AUGAAGAAGAACAGUGCCAACAUGGGGGAUGGAAAAUUAGUUGAUAGGAAAUCGACCGCCAGUUGCCCCUCUCAACGGUACACCUACGUGAAAAAGGUGGAUCUUGGCAAGAAGUACCCUGACAGUUCUGAUAAAGAGGAUCAGAAGGACGGAAGUGUCUCUCUUCUUCAAUCUUCGGAGAUGGAACCUAGAUUCCCUCGGAUGAUGGGAACAUCAGACACAGGUGGACCACUUUUUUACUUCCAGAAAGACCUAAAGGUUGCUGAUAAUGAUUUUGACGAGGAGCUGAGGACAGCGGCAGUACCGGGAGAAGAAGGGGAACAGGAACCGGAUUUCGAUGCCUCCUAUUUCUCUCGUGGCGAUACACCUAGUCCUGCACCGUCAGUUAGCGUUCCUUCCUCUUCUUUCGUUUUUUCCGGCUUCUCCAAAUGGGCUGAUGGUAUAGAAAGGGAGGAUGAACAAAUUCGUGGAGGGCGCAGAGCGGUAUGUCGAAACCGUUCAUCACGCUCUAAAUUUACACAUGGUGCUUACGCUCAAACCAUUUCCCAAGAUGGGAGAGCGGAUAGUGCCUUACUUCGGACAAGCGGAUCAUAA